AUGCCUCGCCGUGCGCCGGGCAGUGAACUGGAACGAUGGCAGCAACAGCUGCUUUGCAGGGCUCUCCCUGGGGCUCGGAGACCGAUUGUUGUCAGCCCCAGCUCAGCAGAGGUGGUCAGUGAGCUCACUGAGCUGCUGAGCCAGCUGCGGAAGGAACCCGAGGGCCCUGAGCUCUUUCGCAUGAACGACCGAGCCAAUGAGCUCCUGAAACUGCUGCCUUUGCAGCAUAGCAGCCGCCUCUCUGCAACCAGGGAGGCCCUGGUGCUGCCGGGCCGCCCAGGCUAUCUCUACUUCGGCCGCUGCGCCACCCUGCCGUACGUGGCGGAGGCGGCCCGGGCGCUGACGAUCGCUAGACCGGUGAGCCCAAAGAAGACGGCCGAAGAAAAGGAGGAGGAGGAGGUCACCCCGUCCGACAACGAUGAGAACCCCGGUGACAUUUUUCUGCUCAUAGCAGCCAGGCAGAGCGGCUUCCGCUGGCGCCGCCGCUGCCGCCUGGCCGCCGGGCGCUUGGUGGAGCGCCGGGAGUUGCAGCGGGAACGGCGGAAGUUGCAGGAGGAAGAAGUGAAAAAGCAGAAGGCGGAGUGGCAAGAACGACUGGAUGUUGCACAGAAACGACAGAAAGUGGAUCCUUCGCUUCUCAAGGAUGAGACGUCACCAGCAGAUGGCUGUCCCGGCUGUCCCAAACCCCAGGUGGGUGAACUGUUGAACGUUAGUGCAACCCUUGACAAGGAUUCCCCGGAGUGGGUAGACUUUCAGAGGGCUGUGCGCUGGCCGCUCUUCCGUUGGAGGUCCGGCCUUUUUAAUUUGACCUAUGUGAAGUCACUCGAGGCGCCGCAGACGGGGCAGACCGGACACUUUGCCGAUUUCGGAGAGGAUUUCCGCCAAAGUGAGCUGGAGUUUGCCUUACGCUGGGCGCGUGCUGGUGCGAGCUAUGCCUCAUUGAUGCAUGGUUGUUGGUCCACGGGUUGA